AAAAACUGACGUAUUUAUAUCACACUCGAUUGAAUUCAUCUCAGAACGGGUUUCAUCUUUAGAGGAAAAUGUUCUCGAUUUGUGUAUUUUACUAUUUAUUUUUCCUUUACUGUGUGCCUACGUUGGAAGCUGGCCCAAUAGAAUGCCUCAGCUCAGAUGAGCACCUGCAAUGCGUGUUCCCAUGCCCCACGAGUGAGGUCGAGUGCGUCAAUGGUGAAAUACGCCGAAGUUGCUUAAAUUCGGCAGAACCUUGUACAAUGCAAUGUGUUUGCAAGCCAGGCCUCUACCGAAGCUACCUUGGUGAUUGCCUACCUGAAGAAAACUGUGGUAAAUGUGGUAAUCAUGAGUUCUUUUCCUGCGGACCCGAAUGCGACAACGAAUGCUCAACAUUACACGAGAUGAAUCGAACGAACUGUCCUAUUUUAAAUAUUGUAUGCAAUGAAAAGUGUUAUUGUGAAGAUGGGUUUGCCAGAAAUGAUGCUCGAGAAUGUAUACCAGUAGAAGAAUGUCCCAACUCAUACAAUCGCGAUAUGAGAAGUCCGAAAAGUCAUAUACAUCAUGAGCCAUUCUUAUGUCCACCAAACGAAGAAUAUGCUUUGUGUAAGAAAUCCUGCCCACCCGAUACCUGUAUAUCUCUUGUUGCAAGGUUCAAAUGCGAUUCUAGAGAGGAAUGUAUACCCGGCUGUGCAUGCAAAUCUGGUUUCUUGAGAAAAAAUGCUGACGGACCUUGCAUGCCUAUUCGCGAAUGUCCCGAACUAGCAUCAUCACCAGAUUUCUUAUAAACAUUUCCAUGUUCUUAAUAUCCUUAAUAAAUUGUUCUUUUAUCUUCGUAAAGUACAUAAGCUUCGUUCCAGCAGUGAGGUUCGCGAAACGUCAUCUAACAUCGUUGUUAAA